AAUGUCCAGGUGUAAGGGAGAAGCGGAAAAAUCCGGCCAGCGUGCAGACUUGACGCGGACCGUUCCGGGUGGUGUCGACGCAUGCUUGCCAAAUCCACAUCUCACCAACGUUCGUGACGAUGCUCGAAGACCUCGAACUGAACCCAGCGUCCGGGACACUUCAGAAAGCCUCCACACCGCGAUGCUUUACCGCCAUCCGGUAUUCGCAGCUUUGGGCUCUUUCAUAGCGGUGGCUUGGGCAAUUCCCGCUGCCCCGACCCAAUCGUACCUUGGUCGACAGGCAUUGGCGGAUAUCUUGUCAAGAGCGGCUCCUAUCGCGGGGAUUGACGAAGGCUGCUCCAAGAAGGCAAAGACGUGCGAUUGGAUGGCCAGGUUCCCCGACAGUACGAAGUUGGUGCACAUGAACUUACCUGGCACGCAUGAUACUUCGACCGGGAACUACUCCGACGCUACCCAGGCCUCCCUUAUCCGUUACACUGGGAGCAUCCCACCCCCGAGCGUCUAUCGUUGUCAGGAGCACUCCAUUCUCCAUUCUCUCAACGAAGGAAUCCGUGUUUUCGACCUUCGUUUUGCCUAUAAUCCUGGAAAUGACACCAUUGGGUUCUGGCAUGCUCGAGCUCUCUUGAGUCCUACGACACGAAUGGAAGACCUAUUUUUCGCCUUGUACACCUGGCUUGAUAAACAUCCUACUGAAGCCGUGCUUCUCUCGAUGAACCACGAAGGAGGAACGGGCACGCCAGAUGACUCGCUGCUUUACGAGAAGCUGUACAGCAUCCUGAACACUCCGGUGGCCCAGAGGUAUUGGGCACGAACCAACGGAACGCUUGGGACUCUGAGAGAGGCGCGCGGCAAGUUGACGCUUCUCCAACGCUGGAGCUACAAUCUCCUACCCGCGAUCGAGCUUGUUUAUAAUGUUGCAAAGUCGCAAGUGGCUUAUAUCGAGGACUUCUAUGCUAUCGGCGCCGAUCUCCCGCUAGGAUCUGGGACAAACGCGUACAUCGACGCCAAGUUCGCGGCAACAACAGCACACCUUACGAAUGCGACUGAGCUUCAUCCCGAUCAGCUAUACAUCUGCUUCGCGAGUGCAGCUUUUAUCGACGAUAGCCCUUCUAUGACCCCCGAGAUCUUCGCUCUCGGGAAUGGAACGAGUGUGCCUGGAAUGAACCAGAGGCUUUUGCCUUGGUUGCAGCAGAGGAAGGGGAAACGGUUUGGGAUCAUUGUGCUCGACUUCUACAACGGGGUGCCAGGGCUUGUUGAGGCUGCCAUCGGUCUUUG